CGAAAGGCAAUGUUCGUUUCGAACUUCACAAUCUCGCGUUCGAACUAUACCUGUCUCGCUCGCGUUCGUUCCGAACAUUUUGACAGCUGGCAGACGCGUUUCUGUUAUUGCUAUUGCUCUUGUUAUCGUUGAUAUCGAAACGAAAACAUUUUCACGGCUGUCCGCUUUCUUGCACCUUCGCUUUAAUGUGUUUUGCUGGUGAAAGUUUUGUAUUUAAUCGCAUUCCUUAGCGAUAGCUGUGAAUAGAACCCCUUUAACCGAAGUGAUGGAAUCUGUGUAACGUUUUUGUGAUAAAGCAUUAGGAUUUGUGUUUCUGUGCGUUCCGAUGUAGAUAAUUCGUCGUUUGCUGUGACCGUGUCGCAAUCGAAGGAAAACCUUGAACGAAGGAAAGCUAACGAAGUACACGGGUUAACGAGGGUGCAUCUGCGUGUGCCUGUUCUUAUCGCACCUUCCAUUGCAUUCGUGUCUCGUGAGCGUUCAGGUGGAAAACGUGACGUGUUUUCCCUGUAUCCUCGUACAUCGACGCAGGUACAUUGCAACGCGGCGCAACGCAAGUGUUGAAAUGUGCAAGGUGCAGUACAGGUGCAUUCGUCACUGAUGCAACAGCGCUUCACGUUCGCGGAGUGUAUGUGUGUUUGUGUUUGUCAUCAGUGUGAAUCGAACCAUCGUCAUCGUGCAAGUUCCUUCACAGCAAACGAGUCGGGGAAUUGCCUUCAUCCGGGUAGGCAAAGUCCAACGGCGCAGUGAACCUUUUAAAAAAAUAACACGGGAAUGACUGACUGAACGACCCUCCCGUACCGUGCUGCCACCAUCGUACCGCGGAGCAAUCCCGAUAAUGAUAAGCCGCACUGCGGACCAUCACUGGAAUUGUAUUUGCUUUCAGUCGUGUGCCAGCCACGGGUAGGGAAAGAUUACGCGCCCGUCAUCGAUCCAGCGUCAUCAUCACAAACACAAUGGAGCAACAGCAGCAGCAGCAGCAACAGGAAGCGGAUUGUUCCAUUCCGCUGACUAGUGGAGACGCCAUCACAACAGAGGAGCAACAGAGCUUGAUGCUGUUCGACACGCUGAUCGAUCUGUGCCGCAACAACAUCAACUACUUCGAGUCGGAUGAAACGGAAACCGGUUUACGGUUGCACGGUGCAUUCGUGGGAUUGAUCGAUCACAUCGAGAUGGCCAAACCACUAGUCCGCACGGUGCAGAGUUUCAUGCACGAGUAUGACUUCGAUCCGAGCGUGCCGGGCAACGGGUUUCGCAGCUUCCUGGCCGUCGUCGAGUGUUGUGUGAAAACGGCCCUUAAGCUGGCACGUUACGUGAUGGAAAAUCGCAGCACGAUCCUGUUCCGGAAGGCACUGUACGUGAAGGAAGUCGAAGCGUACAACCAUCUGAUGGCAAGUCUCUGCACCUGUCUGCAGCACGCCCAAACCUUGCGCGAAUGGACGCGCGAAUCGGGCGAUCUCUUCCCGGAUGAAUCGCACUCGGUGGAGGAACUGUUUGCCCACGGUGGCAUUAUCAAUCAGUACUGCUUCUACGGGCGCUGCCUUGGGUUUCAGUUUUGCGAUUCGAUUAAACCCCUGCUGAAGUUCAUAUCGAUCGGGAUGGCUGGAUUUUCCGAGGGCUACUACUCGGAAGGCGGCCGAAUAUCGAAGGCUACCAGCUUGAUGUACACCAGCACCAAGUACAUGCUCGAUCCGGAACUGCGCGCCCGUCGAAUUGUCAACAUUUCGCAAAACUCAAAUGUCGACUUCUGUAAAGCGUUUUGGUUUUUGGCCGAAUCGGAGAUGAUGCACUCGCUGCCAUCGUUCGUAGGGUUUAAGGUGAAAGUGAACCGAGUAAUAACGAUCCCACCGGAACCGAUACAGCUGAAACAGAGCACCGAUGGGACGGAGCAACGGAGCGGAUCUACCGCGGGUGAAAAUCCUGUGCAGGAAGACAUCUUUGUGGAUAUCCCGAUUCCGAAAAGCCAUGGCGGUGCUGCUCCGAUCAAGGCACGGCUUAUAUCGGCCGUCAAGCGAAAGGGCAUGAUUGGCGAACGGAGCAACUCCCAGCGCAGCACCAUCUAUCCGGCAUCCCGUGGGCUACUGUUCCACUGUCACGGUGGUGGCUUUGUGGCACAGAGCUCUAAAUCGCACGAAUCGUACCUGCGCGAAUGGGCCGUCACGCUGAACGUGCCCAUCCUCUCGAUCGACUACAGCCUAGCGCCGGAAGCACCGUUCCCGCGCGCACUGGAAGAAGUGUUUUAUGCGUACUGCUGGGCAUUGCGUAACUGCGAGCUGCUGGGCACGACCGGCGAACGGAUCAUACUGGCCGGUGAUUCGGCCGGCGCUAACCUUAACUUGGGCUGUGCGAUGAAAGCGAUCGAGCUCGGCAUUCGCCGCCCGGAUGGGAUCUUUAUCGCGUACUGUCCGGUACUGAUCAGCUUCGUACCCAGCCCGGCACGGAUGCUUUGCCUGAUGGAUCCACUGCUUCCGUUCGGGUUUAUGAUGCGCUGCCUGAAGGCAUACGCCUGUCCGAGCCUGGAAGUGUUGGAAGAAAAUCGGAAGCGUCACGAACAGCGGCAAGCGAUCGUUAAUGCGGGGCAGCAGAUGCGCAACAACAAUGUGCCUGUGAUGGUGCCAACCGGUAGUGACCGAAGGGAUGAACAGGAUAAAACACCCGAUCGGUCCGAUUCGGGAGAUGAUAAUUCGAUGUGGGAACAGCUAAACAGUGCCAACACUGUACAGCUUCAAAAUCAGCAUCUCAGCCCGGUAAGCGAUACGGCAAGCGAUACGCUGGCACUGAAGAGUCAAUCCCUCGGCAAUACUAUCGACAUAAUCAGUCCGGACGAGAGCAAUACCAUCACAUCGCUGGAGGAAGACUCGCAGCCCAUCACACUGCAGCAGGUCAAUCUGAACACGGAACGAAGCAAUGUGACCGUGGUGGAUGAUUUGGACAUGGAUAUGCCGAGUGACAUAAGCUCGGAACAGAACACAAACCAGAACGUUUCGAAUUUUAUCAAUAGCUACGUCCUCGAUACGACCACCAAUGCAGCGGGCGAGCUGGAACCGAUUCUUCGUCCCGUAUCUCGUUCCCAGUCGGAAGAAAACAUCGUGCUGGAUAUAGGUAGAGAAGCGAUCAGCGUUCAGAAUCUACAGGAACGUGUAACCACGGCAGCAAGUAACUUUGUGAGCAAAGUGUCCAACACGCUGACUAGCAUAACGGCCUCGAAGCCUAUCGCUGCCAGCGGUUCGCAGAACGAGCUGCAAACGAAUCUGGAUGCGCUGAUUGCUCGCAGCCCGUCCGAUGAGUUUAUCUUUCACGUGCCGAAAGAUUCCCACCUGUCGCCGUACUGGGCUACCGAUGAAGUGUUGAGUCAAUUUCCACCAACAAAGAUUUUAACCGUCGUUCUGGAUCCCUGUCUGGAUGACUGUGUGAUGUUUGCCAAAAGACUGAAGAGCUUAAACCGGUCCGUUUCGCUAGACAUUUUACCUGGGUUGCCACACGGCUUCUUGAAUUUCGCCACUAUCUCCAAAGAAGCGCACGAGGGUUCGAAGCAGUGUGUGCAGCGUAUUGCCGAGCUGCUGGAAAUACCGACCACGCUAGACGAUCCGGGCACCAAGCAGGGUUGCUGUUAGCGUAAAUGUUGGUAACGCGGCUGCUGCUAUUGAACGCACACGUUCGUUUUGUAGUGGCCGCGAUAGUUUGCGACUGAUAACAGGAUGCUGCUCAGCCAAAUUUGGAACAAACCAAACAAAAAAAAAAAGAAGGAACAAUACUAAUCCAAAGCUCAAGAAGAAAGCUCGAAACAGGUUAAACCCAAACCCCGAAUCGUCCAGUACCGUCGCAAAACGGAUCGCAAAACGAGUGGACCCAAAACGUAACUGUGAAGGAAUACCAACUAAAUCUACCAACAUAAAAAUGAGAAACACUAUUAGCAGUAAAACCGCGUCAAACGUCCGUUUUGAAGCUUUUGUAAGCGAAAGCAAACCGAUUGGCCUUGUGUCCCCCAACGUUGCAUUGUGUUUUACUGCGAUGCGGCUUUUGUUAUUGCACAUUUUUUGCAAUCACGCAACGCACUUAUAAAGCAAAAAAGCUAGUAUAGCAUACAAAACAAAUCAACAA